AUGACUUCCCUACGUUUACCCCCUCUUCCUACUAUAAAAGAUUUAAUUAAGUUAUAUAAGUUGCGAGCCUUGAAACAACUGUCUCAAAAUUUUCUUUUGGAUGAAAGAAUAACUGAUAAAAUUGUCAGAGCUGCUGGUAAUAUUAAUAAUCAUGUUGUGUUAGAAGUUGGUCCAGGUCCAGGAAGUAUAACUAGAUCCAUCUUGAAAAAAAACCCUAGUAAACUUAUUCUUGUUGAAAAAGAUCCCAGAUUCUUACCAAUCUUACAGAUUCUUCAAGAAGCAUGUGAAGGCAAGGUGGAUAUCAAUUUACAUAUUGGUGAUAUUAGAUCAUACGACUUCAACAAUGGUUUGAAACAUGCCCAGUCUAGUGAUUGGUAUGGUGUUCCACCACCUAUCCAUUUAAUUGGUAAUCUACCAUUCAGUGUUUCCACGAUUCUUCUAGUGGAGUGGUUACACUCAAUAUCAGAAAGAGAAGCAGCUUGGAAAUUUGGUCGAACUUCAAUGACUUUAACUUUUCAGAAAGAAGUUGCAGAGAGAAUGGUUGCACCACCUGGUCAUAAACAACGUUGUAGGUUAUCAGUAAUUUGCCAAUUAUGGUGUGAAGUUCAGAAUAAAUUUUUAAUUCCUGGAAGAGCCUUCUUGCCUAAACCAGAUGUUGAUGUAGGUGUGGUAACUUUAAAACCACUGAAGUAUCCCCUCACCAAUAUUCCUUUCAAAAUGGCUGAAAAAAUUUUAAGGAAUAUUUUCAAUAUGCGCCAAAAAUAUUCAUUCAAGGGAGCUUCAAGACUAUUUCCAGAAGAAAUGAGGGAUGAAUUAGUUUCUAGAAUGUAUUUCAUUGCCGAUUUAGACCCACAAAUAAGGCCUUUCCAGAUAACAAAUGAUGAAUAUUGUAGAUUGUUCUAUGCUUACAAGGUUAUCAGUGAUGAUCAUCCAGAAAUAUUAGAAUACGAUUCAAGAGCUCAAAAAAAAAAGAUAGAACAUAGUGUUUGAAUAUAGUGUUGUUGUUUCA